GCCUCACAAGCUCCUCCUCUUGGGGCGCUGUAAAAUCGAUUCGCGGGACGCUGUGAGGUCGCGGAGCGACGAGGCGUUCGCCCGGUCGCGGCACCCACACGAUGCAGCCCCAGCAGCCGCCGGGCUUCUCUCCAGAACUUGGUGGAGAGGGAGAGUCCAAUGCUGUCGUCAUGGGAACAGUCGUCGAGGGAACAGUCGUGCAGCCGCCCGCCCAAUCCGUAACAAUCGUGCAGCCGGCCGCCCAACCCGUGGUCCUCGCCCCGCAAGAUGUACGUGCGCGCGGCCUCGCCGUCGUGCAGCCGCAGCCGGUGUACGGGCAGCCCCAGCCCCAGCCGCAGCCCGUCGUCGUGCCCCAGCAGCCCGGGACGUACGCGCAGCCGCCGUACGGGCAGCCCCAGGGCCAGCCGCAGCCCGUCGUCGUGCCCCAGCAACCCGGGACGUACGCGCAGCCGCCGUACGGGCAGCCCCAGGGCCAGCCGCAGCAACCCGGGACGUACUACGCGCAGCCGCCGUACGGGCAGCCCCAGGGCCAGCCCCAGCAGCCCGGGACGUACUACGCGCAGCCGCCGCCCGUGGCGUCCAAGGUGAUGCCGAUGCCCAUGAACGGCCAGAUGAUGAUGCCGCAGAUGAUGAUGCCGCAGGUGGUACGGGCCCCCGGCCAGUGGAACGGCGGCCAGCCGUGCGGGUGUUGCGACCCGCCGGGCGGCUGCCAGCUCUGCUGCGCCACGUGGUGGUGCCCGUGCGCGCCGGUAGCGCAGCUCCACGACCGGGUCGUGAGGCCGGGGAGUCACGGGGAGGUCUUCGCGGUCCUCUGCAUUGCGCCGGCCCGCGCGGAAAUCAUCUUAAACGGAUGAACGCCGACACACCGGUUGCUUUGCACGCAGGCGACGGUUUUCAAGACGGUCGUGAGCUUGCUUUUGACGGCGGCUGGGGUGAACAUCGACGGUAUGCUGCAGCGUGGAAUCGUCUUCGCGUCGAGGGCGUGGGGGGCUGACGCGGUCGAUCGUCCGCACAGGCCUGCUGAACAUGCUACUCGCUUUCCUCUAUUUGCUUUACAUGAACCAAAUAAGAGAGGCCAUCGUCAAGCGGGACGGGAUCGCCGACCGCGGGCUUAUCUGCUGUGGCGACCCUUGCUGCGACAACUACUGGUGUUGGCCCUGUCUGACUUGCUUCUUCAUCCGGCACGAGCUCAACAGGAGCGGCGAGACCUACGACGACUGUUGCGGGCCCAGCUGGUCCCGCGGCGGCGGGCGGGCGCACGUCGUCUGAAUGAAUCCCGCGUCGGCGCGCCGGGCACUUGUCACGAACCCGCCGCCGCCCCCAAUGUGAAUCCCCAUUGAAUCCCCACAACUCCGAAUCCCCAUUGAAUCCCCACAACUCCGUGGUCUGGAUGAAUAAACACUGUUAAUUUG